AUGCAAUUGCAGUGGUGUAAGUUACCGCCGUCCAGCUGUUUGGAGUACCUAGGUUUAUGGACGGAGCCGAUAUCAUUCUGUGUUGACCCACUGUUCAUAGCGUGGUUAGCUUACAAGCCCACCGUUAUCCCUUAUCGUGUAUAUUAUAUACAAUUCUAUAUAAAAAAGAGUGUUGUUGAUCAGUCUUCCAGCGGUCGCGCGGGUAGUCGCGCGGGAUCUGGCGCCGAGUUGGUUCACGUGCGUCCGCGCAGCAUCGGCUCCAGCAGUGAACCGAGCGAACAGAAACAACCACCAGCCGCCGCAAAACCGGAACCUAAGUAUUGGGAUGGAGAACGCGUGGUUAACAUUCACACACGCUUGCGUCGAUCUCUGGUGAACAUAGAGCUGGGUAUGGUGCAAGUGUACGCGACGAGCGGCACCGCAUCCGCUCUAGACUGUGCCACGGUACACGACGCUAUGGAAAGACACGCCAGAUAUAACGAACCGGUGUUAGCACUAAGCUUAGGUCGUGUUUCCAUGCACUCAAACUCGACAAAAAAACAUCUUUGGCAAGAAAUUAGACAUGAUGGUCCCACCUUCAUCAAUACUUCCACUACAACUGAUAAUACUGAAGAAGACUCGUUUCCGUGGAAGUUGCGUUUGGCGGACAUGUCUUGCUACAUACUCGGUCUUCGUGCGGUGACGGAGCAGUCGAGUCGGGAGUUUUCCCGGCAGCGGUCCCAGCUCAAAGUCCCGGACACCACAGUCAAGACAGUGGUGGAGAUGAAUGUUGCUGAGACACCAGAUAAGGAAUCUAAUAUGCAUGGUCCAGUUUUGAGGAGUGGCCCGUUGGUAUCUCUCGGCGUACACUUGCAUGCUGAUACGCCGCCUAUCAUAGUGAGACUGGAUCAUGAACAGGUACAAAAUUACACUAACCACACGAUGCCACUGUUGAAUAAUAAAAAAUCUUACAUGUUUAUAUAUGUUCAUGUAUAUUCCAAGAUAAGUAGUUAAAUCCUCCCAGUGUGGAGUAUCUGAGACAACGAAGGUAGCACUAUACCAAGACCCGAGACGAUAUAGAAAAGUUCUCUUUCUACAUCCACCCGACCAGGUAUUUGGAUACCUGGGACCUUAUAUAAAAUAUACAAGAAAUCAUAUUUGCGAGUUUGUAUUAGUCAGAGGUUCUCAUAUGAAUCAUGAUCUGUCUCAGAAAUAGAAGAACUUCGAACACCAUCAGAGGAAACGCAAAGUGAAAACCAAUCUGAGAAUCGUUCUGAGUUAAUACCCAUUUUUGAAGCUCAUAGUGCGAGUAAGCAGACUGUGAAAUUGAAAAUGUUCUUCUGGUUCCAAUGGGUGGUGAGUCGCGCUACCCUAGUGGUAGCAACUAGAACGGUCAAGCUAGCUUUUGAUAUGGACGACAUUAUAUCUACAGUUGACUUGCAGUCACAUUAUAGUCAGCUCAAGGUCAAGGUCGCUUCUGCAUCCGUAAGACACUAUGAAAGGACUGGCAGCUACGACUGGACGGCAGGUGUACUGGGAGGCAGAGUGCUGGAAGCAAGAGAGCCGACAAAUGCUAUAGAAGAGAACCAUUUCAUGUCCAUCACAGUCACUCAAGCGAGGAUUUCUAAUUUACCUGCUAAUUGGAAAGAAGAACUUAAUCCGAAACUGCUCGAGGAAAAGAAUACGGACACUAUGUGGGAGAUAUAUGCUACUGUGGCACCGCUUGAGGCAGUUUUGCAGCCCGAAGUGUUAAAGAACAUAGUUUCAUUGGCUCACGAGUUUUCUCCGCGCUCAUUUUGCCCGCUACAAUCUGAAGUAACUGAGACAAGAAUAACCAACUGGCAGUGGCCGAUGUGCUAUGUGAACGCUGGCGGGUUACGGUUACUUCUUACCAGUGAAGAAAACGGCUGCAUCAACGAUGACACAUUCAUAUUCCAAAUAAAUAAACUGACGGUAAAUCCAUAUCCAGAGAAUCCAAUCUGUCGUCGUCCAGUGAAUACAGCUGCGGACGUGAAUUGGCUGGGCAGUACCGGACUGCUAGAAGGGCAGCAGUACGAGGUGCUCGUGCACGGCUGCGGUAUACGUUCCGCACAGCUGCACCAGCUCGCCUGCCAAGAGGUUAGCGAAAACGAACUGUUGAAAGGAACAGGCGGCGAGAACCCCGCCCUCAAGUGGACACAGCCCGUGAUCUCCCCGAUUAUCACACCUAUGUUGCACAAUGUGGACAUUAGCUGCGUAUUAGCGCCGGCGAUAUAUUCGAGCGACGUGUUAGUGAGCGGGCCAGCUGUUGAACUAAAUUUAGUGUCAGACUGUGCACUGGACGUUAGUAUAGAACAGUUGCGACUCGCAUCGGUCGUACUGAAAGAUUUGGUGGACGCCAGGCCUAAUGAGUUGUUGUUCGAAAAAAACGAGUGUGAUGCCUGUCCGUUUGCUCCGCUACUGAUGCGCACUGCCGAUAUACGACCAAACACCAACGAGAAUAUAUUUACUGAGGAUCUGAUGAAGUCCAGUCAAAUCGGUGUCCAGUCAGUUGACGCGGCUGAUUCCGGCGUGGACACAGUGACGUCACACUCCACACUCAAGACCGGCUCUCGAUUGGAUGACGCCACCGCCAAGAAAACACUCUCCGUUGUAUUCGUCGAUCAUACAGCUGCACCUUCCGAGUAUUUGGAGGUGUUCGUGACGAUGGGCGUGAUCGAUAUAUCUUUGUACGCUAUCGACGACGGCAGUCCCCUUCUAGCAUCAUUGCGACCGCCCGCCGUUACCGCUGCCGCACCCGCUCCCGCUACCUCACCCGUCCCCAAUUCGAAUACGCACGUAAAGAGCCGGUAUAUAAGGGUAUUUUCCGAAAUCCAUAGACAUAAAGCAUGUGCAUUAACACUGGUGAUAUUAACAAGUGGAUUAUGUCAGUGAGUUCAUCAUUAUCAACAGGGGCUCAGGCUUUCCUUAUGGAUGGUAACAGGAGGAUGGAUCAUGAUCCUCCACGAUCGCGGAUUGGAGGGUACUAACGACUGCAAAUGCAGCUGGGACUAAUUGCUUAACAUGCCUUCCGAAGCAUGGAGUAGCUCGAGAUCUUCCCAUGCCUAACCUUGCGAAAUUUGCUUAACACCAACAAUCGCGGGCCGCAGCACUUAUCCACUACGCCACCGAGCUACCAAGGGUUUUUAUUAACUUGUAAAUUAUCUGCUUAGAUUAUUUUUGAAGAGAACGACCAAAAAGAGGACGAGGUUUCUUCUGUUGGCAGUCGCACCAAAAGUCUAUCGGAUACUUUGCGUGCCGGCGGCAACACCUCGAAUAUGA